ACAUGAAAACGGGGGUUUAUAAUAUCUUUUUUUUAUUCGUUGUAUAAAUUAUCUUAUUUAUAGUGGAACCACCAAUCCGGUUCAUGGGUUGGUUUCAAGGGACCGUCAACAUUAUUAGAGCGGGCAUAAAUGAUGAUUGUUAGACAUUUAUAUGCUAGAACGAUGUUUUUUUUUCUGCAAGACUUUUAUAACCAAGUCAAUAUAUAUCCUAUAUUAUCAUCAGAAUUAAACAAUUUAAUAGAAAAAGAUGCAAAGACGAUAAUGCUACAUACAAAAGAAAAAACAAAGAGGGACCAUUUGUGUUGUAUUUGGUCUGACAGCCUAAUAAGCUCCACAGCCAGUUUUAUGUCCGCACCCACGGUUCCUUUUGUAUCUCACGAGUACUCUUUGGCCCUCAUUCACUGUUUGUAUAUCUUUUACAUUAUGGUGUUAUACCAUCACAAGAGGCAUAUAAAAAGAGGGACCAGUGUAUAGCGAGACAAAACAUUCGGAUUCGGUCUCCAGAACUAAAUUUCAAGUGGUUGACAUGUACUAUUCGGUUUUCAAAUUGAUUAAACAUAUAUGUAUUGAUCAUUAGCAUUCAAUCCUUAGCUGUUUUAAGUCCAAUAAAUCUUUGGCUUGGUAUUGCACACAUGUUACUAUUAAUGCACUAGUGAAUUGCGACCAUUAGGACACUUUGAUCAAAAUGUGUUCUCUUAAUUCACUCGUCCAGAAAAUUAGGUGAGGUAAGAAGGGCAGAACAACACUUGAAUUGACUGUAUGUCUCUCUCUCUCUCUCUCAACACAAAUAAUGCGCCUAUAAAACAUAGUUGCAUGGGCUCACUUGUUAAUAGGCCUGCAAUGGCAUGAGGCCGUAAUCCACCUGGUAAAAUAUGUUGUACAAAACACUUAAAAAACAAACGUCACACGUACCGCACGUGCCAUCAUAACCUCCUCUCUCUCUCUCCCCAGAUUCACAGCACUUGACAAUGUCGGAAGAUUCCAAACCGAGUCAACUCGGCGGAGGAGAGAGAGCUAAUAGCUCUUUGACUCACCGAGUCAGACGGCGACGAUAAUCUCUUUCACCGAUUCAAUAUCUCCAAAGCAUAACCAUAUUAGAGAUAAUGAGGAACAAGAGUAGCUACAGCUCUCGUCAUUGCCAAAAGAAUCUGAAUCGAUGAAGGCUUCGUGAAUUACUUUACUUCCCUGUGAUGGAUAACAUUGUGGAGGAUACUGAAGAUAAGCAAAUCCUCUGGAAACAACAUAGCAAAUUGAAGCACCCUCUUUUCCUAAGCUGGAGAUAUGAUGUGUUCCCUAGCUUCAGCGGUGAGGACGUCCGCAAAUCAUUCCUCAGCCAUCUUCUCAAGGAGCUCCACCGCAAAUCAAUCAACACAUUCAUAGACCAUGGCAUCGAGAGAAGCCGCCCUAUCGGCCCUGAGCUUUUGUCGGCGAUUAGAGAAUCGAGGAUCUCAAUCGUCGUCUUCUCUAAAAAUUAUGCUUCUUCCAGCUGGUGCUUGAAUGAGUUGGUGGAGAUCUACAAGUCCUUCAAGGAGUUGAAUCAAAUGGUGAUACCUGUUUUCUACGGCCUUGAUCCUUCUCAUGUUAGAAAACAGACUGGAGAGUUCGGCGAGGCCUUUAUGGUUUCCUGCCAGGGCAAAACGGAUGAUGAGAAACAAUGGUGGAUCCAAGCUCUAGCAGAGGUCGCAAACAUGGCUGGGGAGGAUUCUCGGAACUGGAGUGAUGAAUCAAACAUGAUUGAAAGAAUCGCCAACGAUGUUUCCAAUAAGCUUCUCAUUACACCAUCAAAUGAUUUUGGUGAUUUCGUUGGUAUUGAAGCUCACUUAGAAGCAAUGAAUUCAGUGUUGCGCUUGGAUUCUGAGGAUGUGAGAAUGGUGGGGAUUGUGGGGCCUUCAGGGAUUGGUAAGAGUAUCAUAGCGAGAGCUCUUUUCAGCCAUCUCUCUAGCCAAUUCCAUUAUAAAGCUUUCGUAUCUUAUAAGAGAACCAUCCAGGACGACUAUGGCAUGAAGUUGCGUUGGGAAGAACAGUUUCUGUCAGAAAUCCUAUCUCAAAAGGAGGUAAAGCUUUUCCAUUUAGGUGCGGUGGAACAAAGGCUAAAGCACAAGAAAGUUCUUAUCGUUCUUGACGAUGUCGAUGAUGUAGAGCUUUUAAAGACCUUGGUGGGACAAACUGGAUGGUUUGGGCUUGGAAGCAGAAUUGUUGUGAUAACUAAAGAUAAACAACUUCUCAGGCUUCAUAAGAUUGACCUUGUCUAUGAGGUUGAUUACCCAUCUGAAAAUCUGGCUCUACAGAUGUUUUGUCGAUGUAGUUUUGGGCAAAACUCCCCACCUGAUGGUUUCAUGAAGCUAGCUGUUGAAGUUGCAAACCUUGCCGGUAAUCUACCUUUAGGUCUCAACGUCUUGGGUUCUUCUUUAAGAGGAAAGGACAAGGAGGAGUGGAUGGAGUUGUUGCCUAGGCUCCGAGAUGGUCUCGAUGGAAAAAUUGAGAAAACGUUAAGAGUCAGCUACGACGAGCUAGAGUGUAAAGAUCAAGAAGUUUUCCUUUACAUUGCAUGUUUACUCAAUGGUGAAAAAGUCGAUUAUAUCAAGAACUUGCUCGGAGAUAGUGUUGGCAUGGGGCUCAGAAUUCUAGCUGAUAAGUCCCUCAUACGUAUAACACCAUCACGUAGAACUGUAAACAUGCACAGCCUGCUUCAGAAGUUGGGUAAAGAAAUUGUUCGUGCAGAGUCCAUUUACAAUCCUGGAAAACGGCGGUUCUUGGUGGAUUCUAAGGAUAUAUGUGAAGUACUUGCCGAAAAUCUCGGCACAGAGAAUGUGUUAGGAAUGUAUUUCAACACAUCAGAGCUCGAGGAGGCAUUGUUUGUAAACGAAGAAUCGUUCAAAGGAAUGCGUAAUCUCACAUUUCUAAAAGUUUACAAGGAGUGGUCGCGGGAGAGUGGUGAAGGCAGAUUGUGUUUACCUCGGGGCUACGUUUAUUUGCCCCGUAAACUCAGAUUGCUAUAUUGGGAUGAGUAUCCGUUGACGUUUAUGCAUUUCAACUUUAGGGCAGAAAUUCUGGUUAAACUCACAAUGGAGAAUAGUAAGCUUGAGAAGUUGUGGGACGGAGUCCAGCCACUUCGAAGUCUCAAGAAGAUAAGAUUGGAUGGAUCCACAAAGUUGAAAGAAAUUCCUGAUCUGUCAAAUGCCAUCAAUCUCGAAAAAUUGAAUCUCUGGGGAUGCACCUCUUUGAUGACACUUCCUUCCUCUAUUAAGAAUCUCAAUAAACUGAGGAAGGUAUCGAUGGAGGGAUGUACAAAGAUCGAGGCUCUUCCUACUAAUAUCAACUUGGGAUGUCUUGAUUACCUUAAUCUCGGUGGAUGCUCAAGGUUGAGACGUUUUCCUCAAAUUUCGCAGAACAUUUCAGGGCUCAUUUUAGAUGGAACAUCAAUAGAUGAUGAAGAGUCUUCCUACCUUGAGAAUAUCUAUGGGCUUACUAAGCUCGACUGGAAUGGUUGCUCAAUGAGAAGUAUGCCUUUGGAUUUUCGCUCAGAAAAUCUGGUCUAUCUCACAAUGAGAGGUAGUACGCUUGUGAAGUUAUGGGACGGAGUACAGUCACUUGGAAAUCUGGUGAGGCUGGAUCUGUCAGGAUGUGAAAACCUGAAUUUUUUUCCAGAUCUUUCAGAGGCUACCACUCUUGAUCAUUUGGAACUCAACGAUUGCAAAAGUUUAGUGGUACUUCCUUCUUCAAUUCAGAAUCUCAAGAAACUGACGCGGUUGGAAAUGCAAGGAUGCACAAAGCUAAAAGUUCUUCCAACUGACGUCAACUUGGAAUCUUUAAAGUACCUCGAUCUCAUAGGAUGCUCAAAUUUAAAAAGUUUCCCUCGGAUUUCAAGGAACGUAUCAGAGCUCUAUCUUAACGGAACUGCGAUAGAAGAAGACAAAGAUUGUUUCUUCAUUGGGAAUAUGCAUGGGCUCACCGAACUCGUUUGGAGUUAUUGCUCGAUGAAAUAUUUACCUUCUAGCUUCUGCGCAGAAUCUCUCGUUAAAUUCUCUGUGCCAGGUAGCAAGCUUGAGAAGCUUUGGGAAGGAAUCCAGUCGCUUGGAAGUCUGAGGACGAUAGAUUUGUCUGGUUGUCAAAGCCUAAAAGAAAUUCCAGAUCUUUCAACAGCCACCAGUCUCGAGUACCUGGAUCUCACAGAUUGCAAAAGUUUGGUGAUGCUUCCGUCAUCAAUUCGGAAUCUCAAAAAACUGGUGGAUUUGAAGAUGGAAGGAUGCACAGGGCUCGAAGUUCUUCCAAAUGAUGUUAACUUGGUAUCUCUUAAUCAGUACUUCAAUCUUAGUGGAUGCUCACGGUUGAGAAGUUUUCCUCAGAUUUCAACGAGUAUUGUAUAUCUCCAUCUAGACUACACUGCAAUUGAAGAAGUUCCUUCUUGGAUUGAGAAUAUAUCUGGCCUGAGUACACUAACAAUGAGAGGUUGCAAGAAGUUGAAGAAAGUCGCGUCAAACAGUUUUAAAUUGAAAAGUCUUCUGGAUAUAGACUUUUCAAGUUGUGAAGGGGUCAGAACAUUCAGUGAUGAUGCAAGUGUGGUGACAAGCAACAAUGAAGCUCACCAACCAGUGACUGAGGAGGCUACCUUUCAUCUUGGACACUCAACAAUAAGUGCAAAGAAUCGUGCAUCUCUCCGGAGUGUAUCUCCGUCGUUUUUCAAUCCAAUGAGUUGCUUGAAAUUCCAAAAUUGCUUCAAUCUGGACCAAGAUGCACGGAAACUCAUCCUACAGUCAGGUUUCAAGCAUGCAGUCUUACCAGGUAAGGAAGUUCAUCCUUAUUUCAGGGAUCAAGCUUGCGGAACUUCGCUAACAAUAUCUUUGCAUGAGAGCUCUCUUUCUCUACAAUUCUUGCAAUUCAAGGCUUGCAUCUUGCUUGAACCUCCAACUGGCUACCCCAGUUAUCGUUAUGCAUGCAUUGGGGUAUGGUGGUACUUUAGAGGCGAGAGAAACAUCCAUAAUGUUUGCAUUGACGUUGACCUGUGUAACGUGGCUCAUCUAGUUGUGUUCCACUUUGAGGUAUGUCUUCCAAAAGAAGUCAACUGUCAUCCAUCUGAACUGGACUACAACGAUAUGGUAUUCGAAUUUGAGUCUAAGUCAGAGCAUAGGAUAAAAGGAUGCGGAGUACGGCUCAUAAAUGUAUCUCCAUCUGAGGAUGGAAGUUGUACAAGCUCGGAAACUCAGUACAAACAACAGUGUGGAGAAAGUGACAUGGAGAAUGGGAGAAGCAAGAAGCGAUUGGGGAUACUUUAUUGUUGUUUUUAUGCAGAUGGCAUUGACAUCGGAAAAAUCUUCCAAGUUACUACGUGGCAGUGACACACUCGUAUGCGAUAUUCACCAAUUCGAAUUCGGAGCUUAUUAGAGUAAUGGUUUACGUUUGGUUCAAUGUAUAGUUGGUUAGCUCAUUCCAGUUAACUCAAGUCUAUAUAAAGUGCAUUGUAACAGAACGUUAAGCUGAAUAACAGAAUCAUUUCAUCAA